ACUGCUGCGCCUGUCAACAAUCCAAACAGUCUGUGCGGCGUGUUUUUUCCGCGAUACACGUGCUUUGUUCAACAAUGGGUAAAAAGAAUAAAAUAAAGCAUGCCGAGGCAGCAACGGAAAAUGUGACCAUCGCUGAAGAAUUAGACGGUCAGCAAGCACCAUCGGUCAAGAAAAAAGGCAAAAAGCAACUGGCUACCGAAAUUGAAAGCACGGUAGCAACGAACGGCAGUGCUUCGAAUGGGGUUAAAAAGGCCAUUGUCAAUAAGAAAAUUAAAGCCGACAAAAACGACGGAAAAGAUACAGAGUCGAAAACUAAACAGAAAAAAGGCAUCAAGGAUGCUACUGUGGAAGCGGACGAGGAACUCAUUUCGUUUAAAAAACCUGGCAAGAAACGUUCCGCCGAGCCGGAAAAGUCGAACGAAGAGGUACCGACGAAGGUGUCCAAAGCCGAUAGUAAACUUAUAUCGGCUGGAACGACAAUCGAUCAAAUUGCUGGUGUAAAGCUGAACACCAAAAAGGCUAAACGGGAGAAAAGGCGUGAAAAGCACGCUGUGCAAGUUGCGGAACAGAAGAAAAAGUUGAAAGAGAAGGAACGGGAAGAAAUCCGGCAGUAUCUGACCUGUUGGAAUACGAACCGAGCGAUGUGGAAGUUUCACAAGCUGCGACAGAUCCAUAUUCAGGAUCACGUAUUUGAUGAGGAUGAGAUUAAUGCUGACCUGUGGCCUAUCGCGCUGGAUUAUUUGAGUGGUUCGAAGGGCGCUAGUAAGGAUAUAUUGGUGCAGAAAGCCAAAAGCAUUAUAAAGGAAGGUGAUGCUGCGGCAGCUGGAGAUGGUGAUGAAACUUUGCAGGCUAGUAGCAAAUACGAACGUGCCAGAGCAUUAAUACAGUGUUUGGGAUAAGCUACAAUAGCAAACAUAACAUGAAAUAAACUAUGCAUGGUUUGCAGGACUUUCGAGUA